GGUCCGCCAUCACACGCCCGCGUCCUCUUUUCAUUGCGUUAAGUGCUUCCCCACCUCGCUUUUGCACUUUUUAUUCCGUUUUUGACUAAGCAUCUCCUCGCCGUCCUGGCUUUUGCCGACAUGGAGGAUCCCGACAUACGACAGCGGAAACUGAACAAUCAGCGAUGCAUUUUAAUGAAAAAGCAACAAAAGAAGCGCGCCGAUUGUCAAAUGGUGGUCGCCAACCGAGACGCCCGCCAGAAGACCCGCAAAGAAAAAGGCCGCUCAGACGAGACGCCGCUGUUGGUCAGCCAGUCGCUCAGCAACAUCUCCCUCAGCGACCAAGUGGAGCACGCCCAUGACAACCCGCUGGACAUCAUCACGCUGGGCGAGGGCGACGAGAAGGCCGCCCUGAUGUUAGCUGAGGUGCCUGAAGAGAAGCCCGUCGCUUCCAAAAAGAUCAACUUGGACACGGAGCAAGAAGAUGACAAAAUGGAGGACGACGACGACGACGACGGCACGCGCGAGGAAGGCAAGAAGACCAAGAAGAAAGAGAAAACCAAACCUGUGGAGGACAAUGACGGACAGGAGAAAGAGAAGGAGGAAAAAACAACAAAGACGGACAAAGCGAAAGUCGGCCACGGCGGACAGACGACAAACAAAACGGCCAAACAGGAGCGCAAAAAGAAGCACUUGCAGGACCCCUCAGUGUCGGACUUGGAGGCCACGAGUCCAAAGAAAAACGGACACGGAGAAAGCGGCGACCAGGCGGAAGACGAGUGCCCGACGCCGUCCCGCAACUCUCCUCGGAGCAAAAAACAUCUGGACACGUCGAGGUGUCAAAUCAGCGACGACAGCAAGGACGAGGAGGUUCAGACGGAGCGGAAAGAACGGAAGAAGAAGCGAGGAGAGAAAAACACGGCGAGUUUAGCGUCCCUCAACUCGAACUACAAGGAGAGCUCGUCUUCAGGCAGCGAAGCCGACAACGGAGCGGCUUCUCCGAUAUCGUUGGAGGACCUGGAGGCGUUCGCCUCGCGCCCCGCGCCCAGAGACGCGACCGUCCAGUGUCGGGUCACCAGGGACAGGAGGGGCGUGGAGAAGGGCAUGUACCCCACUUACUACCUCCACAUGGAGAAAGACGACGGAAAGAGGGUGUUUCUAAUGGCGGGCCGAAAAAGGAAGCGGAGCAAAACAUCCAACUAUCUCAUCUCCACCGACCCGACAAAUCUGUCCCGAGACACCAGCUGCUACAUCGGAAAGCUGAGGUCCAACGCGCUGGGGACGAAGUUCACUGUGUACGACGGUGGCGAAAACCCCGACAAAAAGCCGUUCAUCAAAGAGUGUGAAUCCGUGCGACGAGAGCUGGCCGCCAUCUGUUACGAAACAAACGUUCUGGGAUUUCGAGGUCCCAGGAAAAUGACAGUGAUCAUCCCGGGAAUGCUGGAGAACGACGAAAGAGUGUCCGUUCAGCCCAAAAAUGAACAGGAAACCCUGCUGAUGUGCCACGCCAACCGCAAGACCGACAAGCUGGUGACCCUGGUCAACAAAUGCCCCAGCUGGAACGAGCAGACGCAGUCGUACGUGCUCAACUUCCAAGGCCGCGUCACGCAAGCCUCCGUUAAAAACUUCCAGAUCAUCCACCCGGAGAAUGGCGACUACAUCGUGAUGCAGUUCGGCCGCGUUUCCGAGGACGUCUUCUCCAUGGAUUACAGCUUCCCCAUGUGUGCCCUUCAGGCCUUCGCCAUCACGCUCUCGUCUUUUGACGGCAAACUGGCCUGCGAGUGACCUCCACUAGAUCCUCCAUCUGAACUAUACGCUUUAAAAACAACAACAACAACAACAAAGCUAGCCUACCUAGCUUAUUUUUACCGCCACGUAGCCUGCGAUAUGUUAAUAGGGAAACUAAUGCAAAAAUGAUUUAGCGUUAGCCCUUGUUAUUUUCAUUGCUGGCCCACUUUUAUAAUAAUGACAUUUCUUGUCUUUAUAUAUUUCUGCAAUUUCAAAACAAUGGAACAAUAAAAUAACAAAAGAUG